AGCCGAGCGGCUGCGAGUGUUUCCUUUCAGGUUGGCCUGUGCGCUUCGCCACAGCGAGAUUGAAAAUCUUUACAUGCGUAGUGCCAGAGCGCUAUAUAUUAUUUUAUGUGUGGAACAGUUUUUUGGUUUUCGUUCGUUCUGUAGAACUACAGAUCUACGUGAAGAUCUACGAAGUAGUAGUAGUUUUUUUUUUGGUUCGUUUCAUCUUGGAGUUCGGAUAGUUUGAUCGAGUUCCAACGGACUUGUGAGGGGGUGUAGCCAAGAGGAGGAAGACGAUGUGACUUGAGGAUUGUUAGGAUAACAACAUCCUUUUCACGAAAACCUUCUUCGACGACUUUUCCUCCAGAUGGAUACGAUGAGUGUGUGAAGUUGAUUGUGCUUAAGAGUGCUGCUGCUGUUGUUGUUUUGUUGAUGGUUCGAUCACGGUGAUGGCAUAUAAGUCUCGUGAGGAAAUCGUUGGGAAACGGUUCCUGUCUGUUGUCAGUGGCUUUACGAAAUUGAAAAUUGGAAAAAUUAGUGAGUGGGGGUGGAGGGCAGGUGUUAUUCGCGCCGCCACCCACAAGGAUAACAAUCACAAGGAUCUACAGGUGCUGGUGGAAUAUGACGAUGUCGAGUGGCACAGGAGGGAAUGGAUCAGCAUUUACAAAGACAGCCUGUUCCACGUGUUCAUGGUGGAGCAGGCCCUUUGCUGGGCAGAAAGGACGAGCGACCCCUUCGCCCACACAAAGGGCUCCCUGCUGUGGCCAGCAUUCACUUUCAUGCCUCUGGUGUCAACUGUGGAUUUGGGAGGCCAGAAGCAGCCCGUGGAAUUCCUGCUGGACAGAGAGAUAGCAUUCACAGACUACAAGCAGCUGAAGCCGUUCAAAGAAUGGGAUACGACGAUACCUGGUGUCCGGGAAUAUCCGGAGCUGAGGAUGACUGUUCGCAGGUGGGGAGAGCAGCAGGAUGGCCAAAGGAUUCUUCUCACCACCCCGAGUGUCCUCGUCGGAUACAGGGUUGAAGUCUACAGGGCUGAGGGCACCACGCAAUGGUACACUGCUGUCAUCGUUGGAUACAAUGAAGCUUCAAGG